AUGUCUGCCUCAUUGUGGAAGGAGCUCGUAACGCUUGAUGGGACACAUUUCGCCGACCAUUUCGCUAUUGCGUAUCUAGCAGUGUCGAUUGUUGCGGUUGUCGGCAUCUUAUACGCACUUUCAAGCAGUUCGAGUAAGUCGAUAUGCUACAAGGGCAACGAUGCCAGUCUUAGAAAGAAAGCAUACGACUUGCUUAUUCUCUCGAUGCUAUUCUACCUGCUAGCCUACACGUUCCAGCUCAUUGAUAUUAUUCUCAACGAGCAACAAGUGAGCAUAAGAUUAGGAUAUAAAUUCGUGAGCGUGUUCCGCGACGGCUGCUGGCAAGUCGCUGAUUUCGUUAUUUUAACAAUUGCCUGUCGGGUGACCUACUAUCAGUUCCCAAAUUGGGGAGCACAUAAGAGUUUUCAUGCCACCUGGAGAUUCUUUUGUGAGGUAUUCCUAACAGUCCUCGCUGCCUUGGCCAUUUACCGUUGGGCUUUAUCCACAGCUUACACUACACUGACUCUCAAUAACGUCUCGUCUUCCGGGAUUCAACAUUUCACUCGUGAAACUGAGGUGUUAAGAGCGGGAUACCAGAUAUUAUACAUGCUAGUGUCAACUUUAAUUCUUUUGUUGGCUGUAUACUAUCUCUACUGCCGUAUAGGGUUUUCCGAAAAACCAGACAAGCUCGAGUCUGGCGUAAAUCUUCUCACAAUAAUACUUUGGAUAAGAUCCGUCUCCAGAGUGGGAAUUGUGGUCAAAUAUACCCUCCUGGAAUCAGUUCGGCCUGUCUACAUAGAAGUGGCAGCUGAGGCAGCCUACGGUCUUCCAACAGUCGCGAUAUAUAUUAUUCUCAACCGCUUGAGAAAGCAUAAUCAGAAUUCAGCGGUACAGUCCGAUAUACUGCGUGACGGUCGGCGUGCAGCCAGAAGGGAAUUACAUAGGCGGCGACUCGAUGCCAAAAAGGGGGGCCCACCAUUACCGACACCUGCCCAGCUGCUCACAGAAAUUGAAUCCAAGCCACUUGCAUAUCUUCCAAGGCAGCUACAGGAAAGUGUGUCAUCAUUGACACAAGAUGAGUUACAGGUUAUCCUUCAACAGCAUGUUCAGGAAGUAUUAAAGUUCCGAGAAAAGAUUUGA